AUGGACCCAGCUGCUGAGCCGGCCGCUGAGCCUGACUCUGAGGCCGAUAGCACGGUUUCGACGGUGAGUGCCAUCAGUCGUCACCUUGCAGACUUGCAGCGGGAUCAUUGGGCUUUGCAAGAGCAAUUCCGUGCAGCACAGCAGGACACACAGGUGCUUUCGGACCGCUGCGAGUAUCUUGAGUGCAGGAUUCGCGUGUUGGAGUCCUUUGAGAAUCGCAUCCGAGCAUUGGAGUCGGCCCGUGAUUAUACAAAUCAUCGUGUCGUGUGGCUGGAGCGCAUUGUGCAGCGGGCCAUCCGGCGACAGACCGGCCCAGUGUUUUGGGUAUGGGGGUCUAGAAAGGAGCCGUGGAAGGCAGCGGUGGUCCACUCUCGGUCUUGGGCCGACCAUGAGGACGAUCGACGGACCGCGGCACUUGAAAUGUGGCGGCUGAUCAUCUUGACUUCUGGAAAGGGCACUAGGGUUGGUAAAAAUCUUGCCAAGAUGCAGCAGGAGGGAUCCUCGGCAGAUGCUGUAGAUCAAUGCCUUAGGGAUGUGUUCUCGGCUAAGUCAACUUCUACGCUCAAGGCUAGGGCUGCAAGUUUGGCACAUUAUGCGCGGUGGAGGGCAUCCGUUGGUCUGGACCCAGCGGUCUUUCCUUUGGACGAGGCCGAGGCUUACUUGUACGUUUGCUUUUUGAGGAGUGAGGGGGCUCCCAGGUCCCGUGCACCGCGCUUCCGCGAAGCAAUCAAUUUUGCUGGCGCGAUGCUAGGUGCAGACGUAAGUGAUGCAUCGAGCUCGGCGCGUAUCCAAGGGGCUGCAAACCCUCAGGUUCAGGCUGUGGUUGUUCGCAAGAAGGUGCCAUUGACGGUUGCUCAGGUUAGGGCGCUUGAGGAGUUUGUCUUGCAUUCCGACAACGAUCUAGCGGCGGUUUUGGCUGGCUACGCCUUGUACUGCCUCCAUGGAAGGCUGCGCUGGAGUGACGCUCAGCACACUGAGGCAGAGCCGACAUUGGAUGUUCAUGAGGGCAAGGGAUUCCUGAACGCCCAGCUUUAUCACCAUAAAACUGCUAACCGGGGAUCGUUGGCUAGGCAUCGGUUGCUGCCAGUGUCCUGCAUCUCGCCCGGUCUUGCGGAGGGCAGUUGGGCGGAAGCUUGGCUAGAACGGCGGCGACGGCUCGGGCUCAGGGCGUCAAGGGGCGUUCCCAUGAUGCCGAGGCCUCUGUGCACUGGGGGAUUUGACUCCCUACCGCUUGAUCCGUCUCUCGGGGCAUUGUGGUUGCGUGAGGUUCUGAAGGAAUGCCAACCCUUAGAUCUGGACUUCAAGUGGGGGGACAUUGCUACCCAUAGCUUGAAGGCAACACUUUUGAGCUACAUGGCCAAGGCGGGUGCUCCGGAGAAUCUGCGUGCCAUUGCGGGGUAUCACUUGAGGUCUGCCAAUUCCUCUACCCUUGAGUAUUCCCGCGAUACCCUUGCACCGGCAUUGCAUUUCUUGGAGUGUAUGUUCUUGACCAUAACGAGCGGGUUGUUUGCACCCGACGCUACCAGGGCUGGGCGCUGGACCCAGGGCGUGCGCUCGGUGGAUGAUGCGAUCCGAUUUCUGUCGGGGAAGCCGGCUCCCAGUCAGGCCUCGGGACCCGGCACGGCCGAGGCUGCUGGGGCCGACGAGGUUGUGCAGUCUGAUCCGGAAUCGCCAGCAGAGAGCAUUGGGUCUGCCGGUGAAGCCGAGGAGGCGGGAGUGUCCAUUUUUGCGCUUGGGUCUGACUUGCAAGUCUCUGACGACGCCAGGCGGUCCGUUCGGUGUUUUCAGCAUAAGUUGAGCGGGGUGAUCCACGCAGCUAGGGACGAUCAGCCUCCAGAUGAGGGGGAGAUGACAGUCUUCCGGUGCGGCCGCUUCGCAAACCGAAACUAUGAGCUUCUGGACGAGGUGCACUGUGUCUGCGGUUGUGAGGUGACAGAUGACUCAAUCCUUCUCAUGGCGACGGACACUUGUCGUGGUAUGCACGCAGGUUUCGUGCUCGAAGGACGUGACGUAGAUUCUUGCAACACCAUGUCGGCCAUUGAUAGCGAAGCUGUGUUUCUUGCGAAGUGCACCCAGCUUGGAUUACCUGAGGAGGCCAGGAACCAGUUGAAGCGCAAGGGAUGGUCGACCUUCGGAACAUUUGCCUUUUGUGUCCCGGGCGAGCCUGGCCGUAUCGCUGAGGAUGUGUUCAAGACAGGUGUUGCGACCCCGAUCCUGGGGGCAGAUGGCGAUGAGCAUCAUGCUAAGCUUCGCCGGUUGCACUUUGAGGCGUAUGCACUCACUGCGGCCGAGCUCAAGCGCACGGCCGAGUCGACGGAGUCUGAUCAGCCGCGUAAGGUGCCGACGGCUGAGCUUGCGGCUAGGUACAAUGUCUUGCAGCGCAGGGUGUCCCCUUUACGCUUAGUGGAUCGGUUAGAACCUUCCCAUUCCUUGGUGAACUUGGCGGCUCAGAUGCUUGAGGACCAACGUGUCCGAUACAUUGAAUGGUCGAAGUGUACCAGUCGGGCCCAGGAAAUCAACCUUGUGAAGGAGGAUUCUAGCUUGAAGGUCUUGCAAGGAGGUCGGACCGGUGCGGUCAAACUUGUGGAUCCGGGGUCUCGGCUCACGGCUGAGACUAAGUCCGACCUCGAGGUGAUGCAAGCCCUCCGAAGGCGCGGGGUGGCCUAUGAGCUUGCUGCCAUCAUGACGUUUGAACGCCAUGAGGAACUAAUCGAUCGCUUGUUUAUGGAGUAUCAACGUGAGCCCAUGCAAGGAUUCCAUCCCGUGUCACUGGCACAGUUGCAGGCAGCUGAUCGUGAGAUCCAUGUGCGUAUGGGUGAGCAUACGCGUGCGGGGCUAACGCCCGAUGCUUCAGGAGCCCUUCCUUUGGACGCGCCGCUCGGUAAGGUUCUGAGCGGGCCACACAUCCAUUGGAUGCUUAUGCCUCGCCAGAAGGGCUCUGCUUCAGUUGGGGAUGCCACUGAAAAGCCUCCAAAGUUGCCCAAACCACCGAAGAAGACCGACCCGUCGAAGGCGACGGAUAAGGACUCGCGUGGUGACAAAGACCAGAAUGCUGGCAAGGGGUCGGGGCCGAAUGCGGCCGACAAGCCGACCAAGCAGCGCAAGGUGCGCUUUGUUAUGCCCAAGGCGCUGAUUGGGGGAGUGCCCCGGGAUGACAGCGGGAAUAACAUCUGUUUCGAUCACAAUCUGAAGAAGUGCCCGAAUGCUGCUGGCUCCUGUCCGAAGGGGGUGUCAAACUUCUCCGAUGGCGGCCUCUGGAUUGCAGACCCGCAAGGCAACGUGCCAUGCCCUUUGUCCGACGAGCAAGCACAUGGCGCCCUGACUCGACGGCCGGCAUCCGACCGUAACGCGCCACUUGAGUCCUCUGGGGUGUUGCGCAACAGUGGCAAGUCAAUCCGACCUUCGUUCCUGGAGAUUUUCUGUGGUUCCGCCGGUUUGUCUGCGGCCGUGCGAAAGUUGGGAUUUCAGGUUCUCGGCGUCGAUCACAAGCCCACCGCUAAGCAUGCAAAUGCACCCUUCAUCAGCCUUGACCUGCGAGACCCUGAGCAGCAGGAACGCUUGUGGGUGGAGUUACGGCGCGCGGAUGCCGUCUGGCUGGAGUUUCCCGAUGGGCUUCCAACACUGGCGGAUGUGGAUCGUGACCGCGUCAACAGUGCAAAUCUGUUGUAUGACUUUACUGCAAAGGUCUUCCGAUUCUGCAAGUCCAAUGGCAUCUUGUGCAUUGUGGAGAAUCCCGUCGGCAGCUUGAUGUGGCGAACUUCGUGGUUCCGUUCAGAAAUUCCGGAUGGUUUCUGGCAUGAGCUUCAUGCCUGCAUGUACGGAUCUUCCCGGCGCAAACGCACGGCUCUGCUGGCCACUUGCACUUUGCCCGGCUUGAUGCUGCAGUGUGAUGGGGCGCACAAACAUAAACGAUGGGGUCGGUCCCGGGACCCACAAACCGGGCAAUGGAAGUAUGCCACUUCCGAGGAAACGGCCUACCCUGCAAGCUUCUGUGCUGCCGCUGCUCGCGAGAUUCAGCUGGCACUUGAGCGUGUUGGCGUUUGUGUGCAACCGUCCGAAUCCACUGACGGCGCAAUCGCAGCGACCUUUGCACAGCGCCAGCCCCGGCGGGGCCGUGGUGUCGUGGGUCCUGCUGAAUACAAACGCCUGCACCGCAUUCUCUUGCCUCGGGACUUUCAGCCACCGGAGUGCGUUCCCGCUGAUCCGCCGCCAUGCUUGGUUGACAUCCCUUCGGGUUCAAAGCUGCUAUGGACUCGCGUCUUUGUGGAUGGGGGAGUUGAGCGCCGCGAGGCAGAAUUUGGGGUGUACCACACACCUCAAGAAUUCUUGCAGGAGGCCAUGGCAACCACGCAUCCCUUUGAUAGUGCCGUGUCCAUUGACGGUCCGAACCUUAGGGCCAUAGCAUAUACUCUUGAGCGCGGGGUUGCAGCUGUAAAGCAGAAGCGCCUCUCAGUCUUGGAGCAUUAUAGGGCGCUUGAGAAAUCACUUCGGGAUGAUGAACGUGAGCUUAAGCAGUCCAUGGACCCAUCAGUCCGGGAGGUGAUGGGGUCCAAGAAUCUCCUGCUGUUCAAGCAGAUGUUGCUGGAUGCCGGUGUGCCUGACGAGCACCUCUUCGAGGAUAUGGUUCGGGGUUUUAGACUCACGGGCCCCUUAGAGCCUUCUGGGUUGUUCCCCCCUAAGUAUAAGCCUGCGUCUAUCUCGGUGGACGAACUCCGGCGCACGGCCUCUUGGUCGAAACACCUGAUCGAGGCGGCCUGCCGGAAAGCGUCUAAAGACCCGAAUGUCGCAAGGUCCGUUUGGGAGGAGUCUCUUGCUCAGGUGAAGAAAGGUUGGCUCGCCGGCCCUUUCACUUGGGAGCAAAUGGACCAGAAGUAUGGUGGCACUUGGGUGGCUUCCAAAAGGUUUGGGGUUUCCCAGGGUGACAAGGUUAGGGCGGUUGAUGAUUUGUCGCAGUUUCAGGUAAAUGCCUCCGUUACUGAGACAGAGAAGAUUCAGCUUGAGGGGCUCGAUGAUAUUGUGGCACUUGCGAGGUUCCACUUGGGAUCCACAGUGGCCGGCACAAAGGUUUUCCGGCUUCCUAUGUCCGGCGGAGGCGUCUACCAGGGCCGCCUGCAUAGGGACUUCAGGGACGGACGGGCAAGAAAUCUGAAGGGCCGAGCCCUAGACUUGCGGAGCGCAUACAAGCAGUUAGCCCGGCACCCUUCAGACGAUUGGGCAUCGGUGCUAGGUGUCCUGGACCCAGACACCGGCACCGUCUCUUACUUUGAGAGUGCCGCGCUUCCGUUCGGAGCGUCGAGCGCAGUGACAGGCUUUAACCGGGCCGCCCGAGCCCUGCGCAUUAUCAUGUCGAGACUUUUGCUCCUUGUGAAUACGUCAUUCUUUGACGAUUUUUGCCAACUUGAGAUCGAUGGUCUGACCGACUCGGCUGAUCAGGCUGCGCUUGCACUGCUGGACCUUCUUGGCUGGGAGGUGUCUGAUGGCGACAAGCUUAAACCUUUUGCUUCGGAGUUCACUAUGCUUGGGGCCGUGCUAUCCUUCAAAGAUGCUGGCCGGGGCUUGAUUAGGAUUAGGAAUAAGCCUGGGCGCGUGGAAGAGAUUGGCGACAUGGUGGAACGCCUUGCCUCCGACCCCGGUGAGGGGGCGCGCUCUCUUCCUUCCCUUAAGGGUAAGCUCUUGUUUGCAGCCUCGCAUGUGUUCGGUCGUUGCGCACAGGUGGCUACGCAGCUUAUUCAUCAUGCUGAAAAGCACCAAGGUUCAGGGGCCCAUGCUUGUGUCGAGGCGGCUGUACGUCGCGCUUUGGAUACCUUGAAGGCUGCUGGGGACCGUCAGGUGAACCUGUGGUCUGAGCAGCCGCCGGUCAUUGUAUUUACGGACGGGGCGUGUGAGGAACGCGGCUCUCAGGUGACACAUGGGGCCGUUAUCGUGGACGUCGCAUCGCAGACUCAUGAGGUGUUUGGGGGCCACAUCCCAGGGCCUCUUGUUGAGGCUUGGCGUAGCUCCGGUCGAGUUCAACUGAUUUUCUUCGCAGAACUGUAUCCAGUCUUAAUCGCGCGACGCACUUGGGGAAAGGUGUUGCGGAAUCGGAGGGCGUUGUUCUUUGUGGAUAACGAAGCCGCCAAGGCGGCCUUGAUCAGAAACUAUUCGCCUUUGGUCGAUGCGGCCAGUAUGUUGGCGGACAUUGCCGAACUUGAUGUUGCGAACCAUUGUUUUCCGUGGUACUGCCGGGUGCCGUCCAAGAGCAACUUUUCUGAUGCAGCUUCCAGGUUGUCCUUUGGGGAGUAUGAGGAACGCUUCCGAAAGGUGCUCCCCGUGUUUGCCCAAGGUGGUCGUUUCUGGCAUGCCACUUUCACCCUGUGCGCAGUGGCUUACCACUUAGGAGAGACGCCGGUGAGUGGACACUACAAGGCUCUUAUGAUCGAUCAUGAUAACGUUUACAUUACGGACGACAAUGUGCAGGCGGUGCGCUGUAGACCCGAGGAUCUUAGUGAUUGUGAGCACAAUGCGCUCUGGCCGCUGGGUGGCUUGGCCUUCUGCAGCAGCGGCGGGGGUGCUAAAGGCGACCUAUUGGUGGCCUUGGCUGGACCCCUCACUCACGCGCCGCAGUAUCUCGCCUGGUUUAGCCUGUACAGGCUAGCUGUUCACUCACAGGAGGAGCUUGGCAGCUGGGCUCCGACGGUGCGAGGUCUCUGCCACGGUGCCAUGCAGCUCCAGAUCAUCCUCGUCGUGUUUAACCUGCUGGUGCCCGUCUAUCCACUGGACUGCUCACAGGUGAUCAUCUCACUUUGUCGUCUUUGCGGCGCCUCCCAGCGCAGUGCUGCCUACUUCAUGGUGGCACUCUCCUUGCUUUGCGUGGUAGUGCUCCUGGCCUCCAUGGCGGGAGCUCUGCACCUACCGGUCCUUGCGUUUGGCUUCAGCGGCUUCAAUCUCCUGUUGCUCUUCUGGCUAGCUUUCCAGACCUACCAGAAAGCCCUGACGCCAGCUGUGAACGCGAUGCGUAGUGUGGGCCUGCACGGAUUUGCCAAGCUGUGGAACUGCAGCUCCCCGUCUGCUGGAAGACGGGACUGGCUCAAGGCUCCGUCCCACGCUUUGCUCAAAAAGAUUGGGCUCGGCAUGGCUCGCUAUUGGAACGAGAACUUCGACAAUGCCAUCGCGGCUGCUGGAAAGAAUGCACUGGUGCUUUUUUGCUCAGACUUCUGUCCCUGGUGUAAAAACAAGCUGAACACGACCUGGACCGAGCUGAUGGCUGAGUGGCAGGGGUCCGACAAGGUGUUGGUGGCGCAUAUCGACUGUGGCCAGCCAGCCUACGACUUGGGCGGGCUCAGUUCUCCGGGCUCGGUGCCUUCAGUGUGCAAGAAGCACGAGAUCGAUCCGCAGUCGAAAUGGUUCAGGUACAAGCGGGAAUGGGAAGCUGACGUCUUGGAGGCCUUCAUCCAUGAACGCCUGGUGCCAAAGUGCAUCGUUCGGACACAGGAGCACUGUGAAGACAAGGAUCUGGCUUACCUGAGCAAGCACGCCGGGAAGAGCAGGGAAAGCCUGCAGGCGGAGCAGAAGAGGCAGGCCAAGAACAGCAGAGUCACGUCAUGA